AUGCUCAACGCAUCGACAGGGACGCCCAUGGAGGUAGACGAUCACGCUGCAGCGCUGUGGCGUGAAUUUGUGGAUAAUAGCAUCGAGUGCGAGCUUUGCAAUGAGCCAUACGAUGAUAACGACAGCGACGAAGGUCAUAUCCCGCGCCUCUUGACGUGCGGUCACACUUAUUGUCAGAGUUGUUUAGAUGACUGGGCAACAGCAGGUGCGGGUUAUACUGGGACUCAGAACGGAGAAAUGGCAGUCAUGGAGUGUCCGACGUGUCGUCGAGUGACGCGCUUUCACAGGUUAACGGGUGCACGUGCUCUACCCAAGAACUACGAGCUAGUGCGCGCCCGCCAGGAGAUGGAGUUGCAGACUCAGAAUCAGUUACGUAGACUGAAGGAUGCGUGGACUACUCAAGUAAAAGAGAAGGAACUGUUGGCAAAAGAAGCGGAAGAGCACGCGCGUACAGCACAGAGAGAAAGUGUACAAGCUUCACAACGUGCCAUGUUUUUGGCAAAACAAGUGGAGAUUAAUGAACAAGAGAAGAAGCAAGCACAGAAAUUAGCAGAGGAAGCAAGACAUCGUGCUUUGGUGGCGUCGCAGCAAGCUGAAGCGUUGCAGGAAGAGACGGAAAGUUUGAAACGUCAACUGCAGAAUGAUGCGGCACAACUUGCUCGAGUGCAACUUGAUGCCUUUAGUGCUGCAGCUGUGGCAAAGGAGUUGCAUUCCAAGGCGGAACAGUUGCAACAGCAAGUAGAUUGUGUCCGUGCGCAGUUAUCGCUGCACGCCGGAAGACAUGAUCCUAGCAAAUUGGUGGUGCUGGUGUGUGAACCGACGACAGUGGGCUCAUGGUUGCUUCCAUACACGAGGUACGCCGUGAUCUGCAUCGCCAGUGACACGACAAAGGGCACAGCAGCCAUUGACGCAUACCAAGCUGCUAAGACGUGGACACGUCUCCGUCAAGUGGAAGAACCUAGCUCUUCGGUGAAGGUUUACCGUCGAUACAGCGAUUUUGUGUGGCUGCAUCGUGAACUGCAACGUCAAUUUCCAUUCGAGCUGGUACCCUGCGUACCGGGGAAACAGCUCUUUUUUAACAAAGAAAAGGAGUUUGUAGGUGAACGCAUGCGCCUAUUGCAAGCUUUCUUGCGUGGUGUACUACGACUGCCGCUUCUCGCGGUGACGGAAGAAGUACGCGCUUUUUUGCUGUCAACCACGGAAGAGCUUGACAGCCUUCGACGCGCUACUUCUAUCUACUACAGCAGUUUGGACGGUGAUGAUCUGUUGUCCUUAGACGAAGAUUCACCCAGUGAUGAGGUAGAGUCUCGAAAGACAUCACCUCCAGAUAGCAGCCCUCCAUCAACGUCGAACGAAACAACACUGAGUAAGCGCAGCAGUAGUUGGAGUGCAUGGGGUGCCGUUUCGGCCAUGACUUCAGGUGCCGCAAAGCUAGUCACCACAACUGGCACGGCUCUUACUGGCAUGAGCUCAAAAACCGGUCCAGCAGGCCCUUUGGAAGAUUCGGAUCUGGAGUUAUCACGGAGUUUUUUGGAGGCUGAAGGAGCAGAUGCAGCAACUCGGGCAUGCAUCGAGCGUCGUCGUAAAUAUGUCGACGUGGCAAGAUCGUAUCAAUCAGCAGCUCAAAAAGGAAGCCAAUUAUCACGAGCUUCGCGUCAACAGUCGUACCACUUGCACCGCAUGUGUGAACUGCUGCAUGACAUGAACAAGCUGGACCAAGGUCAUGCACGGCGCCGCCGUCAUAGACUUGCAGCAUCUGAGGACGUAAGGUCCCGUCUGGAUGAUGAAGAUGACGACAUGGAGACGCGAGCCUUUGGUGAACGAGCAUCCGAUGUAUUCAGUGCCAUUUCUCUUAACGCGAAAAACGAUGCGGACUGCAUGGAGUAUGCGCUGUUGGAGGUCGUUCGCAUGCAGACACUGGAGUUAGGAGGCAUCGAGGAUGCUUUUGCGCGCGUGCGUCGUCGUGAGGAGGCACUUGAAACGCAGCAGACAUCAAUUGCAUCGACCAUCAGUCCGGCGAUAGGCAACAUCUCGAACAAUAGUGGAGCUUCGCUUUCUGCAUUGUCCCUGAAACGCGAAGAGUUGGUAACACACAGGCGUGAAUUGAACGAAAAGGUGGCAGGCCUGGAUCCAGGCCGUUCGCAGUUUGUGCUGGAUGUACUUGGCAAGAACACGAGCGAAAUGCACAAGCUUGCAAAGACGAAACGAAAACUCUUUCAGGCCUCACAGCAGCAGCUUAUUGGCGUGAGGCGCUAG